CGCCGCCGCCAGCAGUGUGUCGUCAUCGCGCCGCCGAAACCGCCGACAGAACGCAACCGUCUGCACACCGAGAAGAAAGCACUCUGCGCGCUUUGCACGGCAAACAAGUACGGUCGAACUUAACGUCACGUCAUGAAGUUGUUGACUUCGUUGGUGUUGUCGGUCGCGGUGGCGGUGGUCGUCACUCAAAUGGCGCACGGGUUGCCCGCCCCCGGUAAGGCGGACGCGGCCAAGAUCCAAAAGAACAUGGCCAAGAAAAAAGACAAGAAGACRCAGGAAGUACUCCAGUUCGGCAAUCAGCAAAACAGACAGGCGGACACCAGAAACUACGGUCGGGCCGAAAAGAGACAGGCACCUGAUGAUCACCACGACCCGGAACCGGUACCCGAAGUGAACAACGCCCUUGAACAUAGUGUCCAGCCGUCCAGACACGACAAGAUCACCGACUUCUUUUAUAACCCAGAUUCCUAUGGAAUUCAAUCACUAGAAGCAGAUGACCGUUAUAAAAGAAACGCUUACCAUUUCGGCUCACCAGUUAAAAGGAGUGGUUCUAGAGUGUACGGUUCUUAUUUGGACAGCGGACGUGCCAAACGCGACUUGCCUUUCGACCCCGAAGAAUUGCUAGCGUUGAUGUCCAUCCUGGAAGCAAAUAAGGCUCGAGACAAAUCCAGACGUCCCGCGCAAAACUACGGUCAAAGUUAUGGACAAAACUACGGACAAACCUAUGGACAAAAUUAUGGUCACGAAACAAUCCCGUACGAAGAAAAUGAAAUACCAGAAGAAGAUGACGAUGAUGACGUCCAAGAAGUCUGGGCGGAGCGCCCUGUWGUAUUGGCCCCGUCGUCGCCGAAAGAUUUCUACAUCAAUGAUGAGUUCCAGCGCAAGCAGAGAGCUCUACAUGGAUCCAAAAAUAAUUAUUUUCAGGGUUUAAACCACUACCAAGAGGAUCCACAGUACUAUAGAUUGUCAGAUUUCUACCGCUACUACAACAACUACUAAACAUAACAAUAAUAUAUAWAAUUAUAACAAUGAUGAUUAUAAUAUACGAGUACGGCGAUGCUGUUUCACUCAUCUAGUGGCAUUUAUAUACUUUACCAUCAUCUCUAAUUUAUAAUAAACGUAACUUUAAUGUGUUGUAUUACUGAAUCAACAAAAAUUAAGAUAUAUAAUAUUAUAAUUAUUAUACUAUUUACCAAUACCUAUUAUAUUUAUUAAAAUUAAUAUACUAUAUCAAUGCAUCAAUGUCAAGAUAUUAUGAUGCGGUUGUAAGUUAUAUAGAAAAAUGUUUAAUUGUUUUGAAUUUUAAAUCUUUUAAAAAUUAAUAAAUUAUACGAUUUUAGAGUG